AUGACGAGCAUCGAUGAGCUCUUCAAGAAACCCUCCUCGGCAGCAAGUGCCAAGCGCAAACUAGAUUCCGCGAAAGACCCGAACGAGCUCUACAAAGCUGCUAAACUAGAUGCGGAUGGUGAUGUGAAAUCAAAAGGAAAGGCGCCCAUGGUAGAGGAUGAGGGCGACGAGGAUGAUGGCUACGCGGGUCCUGAACUACCUCCCGAUUUCGACGCCGAGGAUAUCCCAGAUGACGAAGAAGGACGCUUCUUCGGCGGCGGCAUGGAGCGUCAAACGGCGGAGGCUAUGCAAUAUAUUGAUCAACACGAGGAAGCAGAUGUUGCGCCAGAGAAGUUCGACGUUACCUGGCUGCGACGUUUCGCCCUCAACUUCGAAAAGAAGAUCUCGAAGAACGCCGAAUUGCGCGGAAAGUUUGAAAAUGAUCCUCAAAAAUUCAUGGCCUCGGAAGCAGAUCUCGAUACCGAAAUCAAGAGCCUCUCCAUCCUCUCCGAGAAUUCAUAUUUAUAUAGCGAAUUCGCAAAGCUGGGCUGUGUAGGCUCGCUUAUGUCGCUGCUUUCACACGAGAAUGCCGAUAUUGCAAUUGAUGUGAUCCAGAUCAUUGGCGAGUUGACGGAUGAAGAUGUGGAGGCCGAUCAAGAACAAUGGGACAGUUUGGUGAACGCAAUGUUGGAUGCCGAACUUAUCGAGCUCUUGGCACAAAACCUUUCGCGACUUGACGAAGGAUCCGAGGUCGACAGGGCAGGCGUGUACUACGUACUAAACGUCUUGGAAAACAUUGCUUCGCAAACGUUCAUCGCAGAGAAGAUAGGGCAAGACCCCAACCUGUUAUCUUGGCUUAUCGCUCGUAUACAGAAGAAGGAAAGGCCAGUGGCUCAAAACCAGCAAUAUGCAGCAGAAAUACUUGCCAUUCUGCUACAAUCAACUCCCAAGAACAGGGAGAAGGUCGUCAGCCUGGAUGGUGUUGAGAUUCUCCUGCAAUUGCUUAGUGCAUACCGCAAGCGUGAUCCCGAAAAAGAUUCCGACGAAGAGGAAUAUGUGGAGAACUUGUUUGGCAGCUUGAACUACCUUGUGAACGAGGAUUACGGCAAGGAAAAAUUCCUGGAAGCUGAAGGUGUUGAGCUUGCGCAAAUCAUGUUGAAGGAGGGCAAGUUCAGCAAGCAACGGGCUCUACGACUCCUGGACCAUGCCCUAGGAGGCAUGGCAGGCGCUCCUGCAUGUGAACGCUUUGUUGAAGCAGCAUGCUUGAGUACAGUAUUUGGGAUGUUCAAAAAGAAGCAAGACAAUGAAACGACGGAGCAUCUGCUGGGCAUUUUCGCUUCGCUGCUGCGCUUACUUCCGGGCGGUUCCGCACCACGGAUUCGUACACUAGCCAAGUUUAUGGAGAAGGACUACGAGAAGAUCGAAAAGCUCAUCAAGUUGCGCCGGGAGUAUGCCCAACGAGUGACACCGGUCGAGCAAGCUAUCGAGAAAGAACGAAAGAACUUCACGGAAGAGGAACAAGAGAUCAUGGCGGCCGAGUGGCUGUCCAGGCGAUUCGAUGCCGGUCUAUUUUCUUUACAGUACCCAAAGCUUAUUGAUGUCAUUUUGGCCUGGUUGGUGGCCGAAGAUGACGGGGCAAAAAAGAAGAUUGUGUCCCUUCUGGCUGACCGCGACGAAGAUUUGUCACUGAUUAGACGAACCUUACAGGAGCAAAUGGAAGGGCUCUCUGAGGAUGAGCCCGGCGAGAAGGAUAUUAAUAAUUCGUCCAACAACCUCGAGUGGGAUCUUUUCCGCCGAGCGCGUCGCGCCCUUUGCGCUCAUUGUCCUAUCGACAGCGGUUUUUCAUUGCGUUUACGACCCAUAUCCGCCAAGAUGGCCGACUACGAAGAUGCUUACGAGGAUGAGUACUACGACGAUAUGGACGAGGGCAUCACCUCGGAGGAUUGCUGGACGGUCAUUUCGUCCUUCUUCGACACCAAGGGUCUAGUGUCACAACAGCUGGACUCUUUUGAUGAAUUUAUCUCCUCGACAAUGCAGGAGCUGGUGGAGGAACAAGGCCAAGUAACACUCGACCAAACUCUCCCUCCCUCCGAAGAUGAAGUCGAUCCCGUGGUUGUCCGCCGAUACGAGCUGAAGUUUGGAACCGUCAUGCUCUCUCGACCGUCCGUGACUGAGGGUGAUGGUGCGACCACUAUCAUGUUGCCCCAGGAGGCUCGCCUGCGUAAUCUUACAUACGCUAGUCCCCUUUAUCUCGGUGUUACGAAGAAGAUCAUGGAAGGUCGUGAACGUCUGGUCGCGGACCGAGAUGAGGAUGAUAUGGGUGAAUCGAAUGAGGAUAGAAAAGCUCACGGGACUUACCUGCAGUGGGAGCAGAAGGAGCUGCCUGCUGACCAGGCGAAGGAGGAGACCGUUUUCAUUGGAAAGAUGCCAAUCAUGCUCAAGUCCAAGUACUGUAUCCUCAAGGAUUUGAGCGAGCAAGCUCUUUACAACUGGAACGAGUGCCCUUACGACUCUGGUGGUUAUUUCAUUAUCAACGGAAGUGAAAAGGUGUUGAUCGCCCAAGAGCGCAGUGCUGGAAACACGGUUCAAGUCUUCAAGAAGGCACCGCCUAGUCCCACGCCCUAUGUCGCGGAAAUUCGGAGUGCUGUCGAGAAGGGAUCACGACUUCUUUCUCAGUUGUCCCUGAAGCUGUUUGCCAAGGGUGACAGUGCCAAGGGUGGAUUUGGUCCUACAAUUCGGUCGACCUUGCCUUACGUGAAGACCGACAUCCCCAUCGUCGUCGUUUUCAGAGCCCUCGGUGUGGUUUCUGAUGAAGAUAUUCUGAACCACAUUUGCUACGACCGGAAUGACACACCGAUGUUGGAGAUGCUGAAGCCUUGUAUUGAGGAAGGUUUCGUUAUCCAGGACCGUGAGGUGGCGCUGGAUUUCAUUGCCAAGCGUGGUUCUUCUCAGUCUAGUAUGAACCACGAGCGUCGUGUCAGAUACGCACGCGAAAUCAUGCAAAAGGAGUUCCUUCCCCACAUUUCUCAGAGCGAAGGUAGUGAGACCCGGAAAGCCUUCUUCUUGGGUUACAUGGUGCACAGACUUCUGCAGUGUGCCUUGGGCCGUCGUGAUGUCGAUGAUCGUGAUCACUUCGGUAAGAAGCGUCUCGACUUGGCUGGUCCUCUUCUUGCAAACCUCUUCCGAGUUCUGUUCACUCGUGUCACCCGUGACCUUCAGCGGUACGUGCAAAGAUGCGUGGAGACGAACAGGGAGAUCUACUUGAACAUUGGUAUCAAGGCCAGCACCUUGACAGGAGGUCUGAAGUACGCUCUUGCUACGGGUAACUGGGGAGAGCAGAAGAAGGCAGCCAGCGCCAAGGCUGGUGUAUCUCAAGUGCUCAGUCGUUAUACCUACGCCUCUACGUUGUCCCACCUUCGUCGUACCAAUACACCAAUUGGUCGAGACGGUAAGAUCGCCAAACCUCGUCAGCUCCACAACACCCAUUGGGGUCUGGUUUGUCCGGCUGAAACCCCUGAAGGUCAGGCUUGUGGUCUGGUCAAGAACUUGGCGCUCAUGUGCUACAUCACUGUUGGUACGCCUAGUGAGCCCAUUAUUGAUUUCAUGAUUCAACGCAACAUGGAAGUACUCGAAGAAUUCGAGCCGCAGGUGACGCCAAAUGCGACCAAGGUGUUUGUCAACGGUGUUUGGGUGGGUAUCCAUAGAGAUCCUGCGCAUCUGGUGAACACCAUGCUCUCUCUCCGUCGCCGGAACAUGAUCUCGCACGAGGUCAGUUUGAUUCGUGAUAUUCGUGAGCGAGAGUUCAAGAUCUUUACCGAUGCUGGACGCGUGUGUCGGCCACUGUACGUCGUCGACAAUGAUCCCAAGAGCGAGAACUGUGGUUCACUGGUGCUCAACAAGGAGCACAUCCGCAAACUGGAGCAAGACAAGGACUUGCCCCCCGAUCUGGAUCCAGAAGACCGCAGGGAGCGCUACUUUGGUUGGGAUGGUUUGGUGAAGUCUGGUGUCGUUGAGUACGUCGACGCCGAGGAAGAAGAGACAAUCAUGAUUGUGAUGACACCAGAGGACCUGGAGAUCUCGAAGCAACUUCAGGCCGGUUAUGCCCUUCCCGAGGAAGAGCUGCACGAUCCCAACAAGCGUGUGCGUUCUAUUCUGAGUCAAAAGGCACACACAUGGACACACUGCGAGAUUCACCCCAGUAUGAUCCUGGGUGUUUGCGCCAGUAUCAUUCCUUUCCCCGACCACAACCAGUCUCCUCGUAACACCUACCAGUCUGCCAUGGGUAAACAAGCUAUGGGUGUGUUCCUGACGAACUUUGACCAGCGCAUGGAAACCAUGGCCAACAUUCUGUACUACCCGCAGAAGCCUUUGGCGACAACACGGUCUAUGGAAUUCUUGCGGUUCCGUGAACUGCCUGCCGGCCAGAACGCCAUUGUUGCCAUUGCCUGUUAUUCCGGUUACAACCAGGAAGAUUCGGUUAUUAUGAACCAGAGCAGCAUUGACCGUGGUCUUUUCCGCAGUCUGUUCUACCGUACAUACACGGACAGCGAGAAGAUGGUCGGACUGACAGUUGUCGAACGCUUCGAGAAGCCUAUGAGAUCGGACACGAUCGGUAUGAGAAAGGGUACCUACGACAAGCUCGAUGAAGACGGUAUCAUUGCUCCUGGUGUCCGUGUAUCCGGUGAGGAUAUCAUCAUCGGUAAGACGGCACCCUUGGCACCUGAAGCAGAGGAGCUCGGUCAACGUACCAAGGCCCACACCAAGUUGGAUGUGUCGACUCCUCUCAGAAGUACGGAGAACGGUAUUGUAGACCAGGUCCUGGUGUCUACGAGCAACGAUGACCUGAAGUUCGUGAAGGUGCGCAUGAGGACGACCAAGAUUCCCCAGAUUGGAGACAAGUUCGCCUCUCGUCACGGACAAAAGGGUACCAUCGGUAUCACUUACCGUCAGGAAGACAUGCCUUUCACUCGGGAGGGUGUGUGCCCUGACUUGAUCAUCAACCCUCAUGCCAUUCCCUCCCGUAUGACAAUCGCGCACUUGAUCGAGUGUCAGCUCAGUAAAGUGUCGUCGCUACGUGGGUUCGAGGGUGACGCGACGCCUUUCACGGACGUUACGGUCGACUCGAUCUCCCGUCUCCUGCGGGAGCACGGAUACCAAUCCCGUGGCUUUGAGGUGAUGUACAACGGACACACUGGACGCAAGCUGGUUGCGCAGGUCUUCCUGGGACCGACGUACUACCAGCGUCUGCGCCACAUGGUCGACGAUAAGAUUCACGCCCGUGCGCGUGGACCGACUCAGAUCUUGACGCGACAGCCGGUGGAAGGUCGUGCUCGUGACGGUGGUCUCCGUUUCGGAGAGAUGGAACGCGAUUGUAUGAUUGCGCACGGAGCCAGUGCAUUCCUGAAGGAGCGGUUGUUCGACGUGUCCGAUCCCUUCCGGGUGCACAUCUGCGACGACUGUGGCUUGAUGACCCCUGUUGCUAAACUGAAGAAGGGACUCUUCGAGUGUCGACUGUGUAACAACAAGCACCGAAUCUCCCAGGUGCAUAUUCCGUAUGCAGCCAAGCUUCUGUUCCAAGAGCUGGCCUCGAUGAACAUUGCCGCUCGCAUGUUUACCAACCGGUCUGGCGUGUCCGUGCGGUGA